AGCACUGAAUCCAGGCGGGUGAGAGUGAGAAAGCAUUUCUUUUUGGCUGACGUCGUGAUUAAUGUGCGUCUUAGCUGCCAGUUUCGUGAACGCACGAACAUUUUAGAAGUUUUCACCACCGCUUACGCUCUCUCAAGCAGUAGAUGACGCGAAUAUAGUACCAGCUCCCCCAACAUUGCUACCACAUCAAAGGUGGUUAUAUUUAGAAAGAACAUGGUCCUGGUAUCCUUAUCCUCAGCGUACACCCACUGCUAACUUUUUACAACGGACAACUUUUACGCUUACGCAACGAACAACGCCCUGAAACCGUCCACUACUUGGCUCGUCUAAUCCAUCCUUGUUUGCCAUCCUGCCGUUAUCCAUUUUCUACGAGCGCGGAGACCAUCAUGGACGACUUGAGCGAGGAGCGGAGGGAGCAGCUGACGCUGUUCCGCGAAGUGACGCAGGAAGAAGAUGAUGCGAAAGCAAGACAGGUAAUUCUAUGUUGUCCUACUCCUGGUACCUUAUUUACUAAAGAACUGCAGCUCGAGGAUACGAUCAUGCUAUUUGUUAUUUGUACACGAAGUGAAUGGGAAUGACUUUUCUGAUGUAAUCCUCCUUACAACACUGUCUCAAAGCAACAUACGACUCAUAUUCCAAUCACAAAACUCCAUCCAGUACAUGGAAAUGAGCAAUUGGAACGUUGAGCAGGCUAUCAAUCUGCACAUGUCUGGAGCGUUAGAUGCGACUCCAUCGUUUCCUUCCCAAGGACCCAGGGGUGGAGGUGGAGGAGCACAGCAAGGACCUUUGAUCGAAAGAGAUGAUGAUCAGGUAAUUGCUGUUCUUGUUUGGAGAUUGUAGUGCAGAGCUGCGCGUCGAAUAUCUCUACCUACUGAAGAUGAUUCUACUUGUUCAACACCAAAUCAAGAUCUCGAUGCUCUUAUUUGUCUACUUGUUUGAGUUGUUUGCCGAGAAUGAUGAAAACAUCUUCACGUUCCCAACCAGCACCUUCAUCUCAAAAUCAAAACCUGCUUGACUUCAACAUAGGGGAGCGAAUCUGGUUUCUCCAGAGCAGCAGAGGGAGCUGGAGGGCUGGUGAGGCGCGUGAUGGGUACCAUUGGCGGUUUCCUGAAUUCUAUUCUUGCUCCGGAUGAAGUUGCAAUUGCGGCUGCCCAAGGCAACGGCUCAGCAUUCAAAAUCUGGCACGAGCGGACGUUUCCAGAUACGCCACACCCUACUUUUUUCGAAGGCAGCUUUCGGCAAGCGAUUAAGUAUGAACGGGAUGAUUUGUAGAAUUAGAAUCUGUACAACUACAACUACAACACUAACACAGAGGCUUAGUGUUACACAGGGUGGUCCUAGACCUUUCAGGAAUUACAACUUUUUCUCAUGCACAUUCUGGCUUGAGAAACGCCAAAGGUAUCCCUUUCCCUAUUCCCCCUUCACACCACCCACGCAAAAGACAAUUUGAAGCUGCUUUGUGUCUAUUUGCACUGCGACAGCGUCCAAGGAGCUGAGGGGAUGUGUAAGGAUGUGCUUUCGAACGAAUUUGUGAAGAGUUUGAUAGACGAAAACUGUGUCUUUUGGGCUGGUGACAUUGUCCAUCGAAACUUCUACGACAUUGCGAGGCAGUUGCAGGUAGUUACUUAUCUUCGAGGUUGCGCUUGAUGUUUCAUUAUUAUACCUUUUUACGAUAUUGCGAGGCAGUUGCAGGCAGUCAUCUUCGAGGUUGUGCUUGAUGUUUCUUUUUUCGGUUUUUGUUUUUUCUAGUUCUUAGAUAUCUAUGCGCCACCAACAUUAUUAUACCUUUUCUGUUUGGAGAAGGAGAUAUCUUCAUCAACAUGAUGAUCUUCAUCAACAUCACUCUCAGGUCCGACAAUAUCCCUACUUGUCGGUCAUAUUACCGAUUUCAGCGGACAACUACCGCGUGUUGCACAAAGCAGAUGGGCAGGUACUCAUUCUCUCAGGAUGUUGUGAUUGGUAGAAUAAAAAUACUUAUGGUUCUGCUCCUUAAUUAUAAUUGAUGAAUAAUUGAUGUGGAGGCUUGAUUACUCAAGAUUCCAUCUUGCCAUCUACUUGACUAAAAAAGCACCUACAAUGUAGCAUCUUCCUCAUUUUUCUUAUGGUAGUUCUGCUCCUGAGUAAGGAAUAAUCCGGCUCCCCCACAGCAAGCAACAUCCGUUGACGGCCUAGUCGCGAUUUUGACGCAAGGCGCGGACGACCUGUCGAGGAAUAGGCAAGAACUGGCCAACGAACAGAAUAGAGCUGUUCAGGAUAGGUUGUUGCGGCAAGAACAGGAUCGGGAAUAUCAAGAGGGCCUAGCCAAGGACCGAGAAGCUGAGGAAAGCAGACGUAGAGAGGAGGAAGCGAGACAGAAGGCACGCGAAGAAGAGCGACAAGCGCAGCAGCAGAGAGAACAAGAAGCACAAGAAUUGGAAGCGAAGAGGAGAAAAUUGGCGACCGACAUAGUAUCAAACGUAGAAGCUGCUCUCGUGGCGGCUGCAGAUCAACCGAAGUUAAGGAUUGCUAUUGCCAGAUAAUUCCAUCCUGUUGAUAGAAGAUUCUAGACUAGAGUCUAGGAACCGAAUUAGAGACAUUCUUUUAGUUGUUGUCCUAGAGUUGAGAAGGAACUACUUCUGAAUGGAAUUUCUUGUGCAACCUCUAACAAAAACAAAGAUCCAAGUGAAGUUCCCGACGGGUCAGAGGGUACGCACAGAAUCUUCUUUUGAAGUGGUGUCCUGUCAAUUAUAGUUCGUUGAUUCUUUUUUGCUACUCGGUGUGUGAAAAAUACAGUUUCUACUCGUACUAGAGUUUCAACAUAUUGCUCGCUGCUGCAAUGAUAAUAAUGCUUCUUCGUAUCUAAAUCUAAAUCCUUUGUCUUUCGUCAAUCCCUCAGGUAAACCGCAGCUUUCUCCAGUCCCAUAGUUUGAAGGACCUGUUCGAUUGGGUCGAAAGCUGUGAGUAUUCUGAAGCCUCUGCGCCCAAGGUGCCAUCGAAAUUCGCGCUUAGCACCUCUUUUCUUAUGUCCUCGAGUUCUAGUACUAUCUUACAUUCCAUUUCCGUCGAAGUAGACCAAGUUACUUACUUUCAGAUCAAUCUAGAAGUAUAACAAGUACAUUAAGACAUACAUCACAAACCGAAAGCGAAACUACAAUCACAGAGAAUGACGUUGACGAUAAAAUGAUUGACGAUGCAAAUGCAUGAUCAUGUGUCAUCAUGUGUCUAGUAGCCCCUUGUUCUGCCUGCUCUAAUACUCCGACAAAGCAGCUUGCAAGGUCAGACGAAACCCUGAAGGAGGCUGGCUUGGUGCCCAACUGCCAAAUUUUGCUGCAAGAUCUCAGCGACGAUGAUGAUUUGUAAUGUCGUACUUGGUUCAGCACGUCCCGAGCACCGACUAGCAAGCUGGUUUUUUUGUCCGCGAAUUUUUUUGUGUUAUACUCUCACACUCACGGAUGAUAAAGAUAGUUUUCUUCGAAGAAAUAAUACGAAUUCAAAUACAUCAUACAAACUCGGCCUCUCUCAACUACAUUGAAACCUUAGACGGACCCAUAACUUAGUAGGCAGUUGGCUUUUCACCUUCAGGUUGAUGCGCUGAUAUAACAUCAAGAGCGAUGAAGGAGGCUUCUGCUUAUCAUUGUUUUGAACUUCUGACCCAUUCAACGCAUGUUUUUUUUGCCCACAAUGAAAGAACGAUUAUAAGGGCCACUGAUGUAAACAAUCAACAUACCAUGUUGCCCAUACAACCAUGUUGACCUCUUUAUGGAUCCCUAACCCUUUACUUCAAGUUAGAAGAUCAUGGUUCAUCUUCACCCCUUAUACCAUUUCGAACCCGAGGCCGAGAAAAAAACUAAACGGUACACUCUUUGACUUAUGAAGAUGGGUAGUGGAGGUCCAGGUCAUG